AUGGGAUGCAUCAGCAGUGUCUUAUUCGAACCAAACAUCGAGAAAGUGCUGAGUCCGAUGGAGAAGGGAACCCAAAUUGCUUUGUUUUCACUUGCGAUAUGUUCCCACUACUUGAAUUUUCUCCAAGAAGACAGUGGCGGAAGUCAUGAAACGGAUUUGAAGCAGAAUGCUCAUGAAAUACCCAGCUGUUUUGGCGAAUGCGAGAUGGAUCUGGUUGAUCUGACAUUUCAAAACGCAUUUGUUGAAACAUGCUACGAAUACGUAUUGCUUCAUUUGGCGCAGUCCAUUGCUUCAUCUACUGAUAACAUUCUGAUUGUCGGCGAUCACUCAACGAGUAAAACAACCAUUUUGCAUAUUCUGGCCCAAAAACUGCUACGUUCACGGUGGGCUGUUUACAGUGAAUGCUUAUGUUGUACAGACUGGAAAGGAAAAUCGUUGGAAAACAUCGAAAAAGUGUUGACAGCAGCAGCAGUGCGGUUGAGACAGCGCUUCCCAUCCGUCCUUUUUCUGGACAAUUUGAACUUCUUUUCACGC